AUAUUGUAAAACCACCACUACCCUAACCCUCCCAAUAUAAAUAUAUAUACACCCCUUCAUCACCCUUUGCAAAUCCUCUUCGACCCUUCUUCUUUUUUGUUAUGUAAUUUCCAUUUAUCAUGAGCAAUAUCCCAAGAUCUCUCACCGACUCUUCCCUCACCCUCUUCAACCUCGCCAUAUCAGCCUCUGAUCCCUGGCCUUUCUCUCUCGUUUUCUUAUAACCCUAGCUCACCAAAUUCAUUAUUCUCACUAAACCUAAACUUUUUUUUAGCUAGCUAGCUUAAUUUCUUGGGUUGAUCAUACUUUUUAACAUGGGGAUCCUUAGUGAUCAUCAUAAUCAAAAGCACCACCAUCAUCAUCAUCACAUGAGCUUUCAUCUUCACAUCCCUCAACUCCACUUUCACCACCACCAUGAGAAGAAGGACAUGAAGGAUGUUCCAAAAGGGUGUUUGGCGAUCUUGGUGGGGCAAGGAGAGGAGCAACAGAGGUUUGUGAUCCCUGUGAUGUACAUGAACCAUCCACUCUUCAUGCAGUUGCUCAAAGAAGCUGAAGAUGAAUACGGCUUCGAUCAGAAAGGACCAAUUACGAUACCAUGCUACGUGGAGCAGUUCCGCACCGUCCAAGGCAUCAUUGAUAGGGAGAAGUGUCUCCACCAUCAUCAUGCUUGGUGCUUUAAAGUUUGAUAAUUCAUACCAAAUCAUGUACAUGUCGUGUUUAAUUUUAUUUUUCUUCUUAUUGUUUUCGGCGACGCCUAGAAUGUGGUGUUGCAUUAAUGAUGUGAUAACGACGAUAAAUUUGGAUCUUAGUUUGCAUGGUUUUUUAUUUUUAUUUUUGGGUACCAUUGUUUGAUCGGUGGAAAUUGAAUUGAAAGGUAUACUGUGAUUUGUGAUGUGAUCCAUGAA